AUGAAAGCUGAUGUAGAACCUGAUCAACCUCACAGAUCCAAAGGCCUUCUCAAGGGAAUCAGUCCAGAUCAGGUUGCGUCAAGUGGCGUGAAUAUCUAUGACCCCAACCUGACUGUUGAGCAGCUGUGGGGAGAAGAUGCUGCAUUGUCUGGAGGGGCUUUGCUUGACCAUGUGCUAGCAUACUACUCAGAUGGGCAAAAAGAUAUACCUUUCUUCUACACACCAAGUGAGAUACCUCAAGCAAGGGCAGUUGUCAAGAGUCCAUUGAGUAGGGAAUUGCAAGAAUCUACCGUGGAGUCGUACAAGAAGAGGAUCUUCCUGGAAUCAAUAUCACAGGUUGCAGCAGGCGAGCCAGUCUUCAAAUUUCGCACAACAGAGCGCAAGUUUCCGAUAGAAUCGGGAACAUGGAAUCACAGGCUGGAAGCAUGCUACCGUGCCAUGUCAGAGCAGCCGCACAACUUGAAUGUCAGCUCAGUCAUGGAUCGUGGGCUUCGUUCCGUAAAGCUGGUGCACCCAGACAUUCCUUGGCAAAUUUGGGAGAGAUUUAUCAAUGCGCACAACACGUUCCAUCGUGGAAGUGCCGCCAACUUCCUAGAGUACAUGCAGGAGACCAUCAAGAUUGAGGCAUCAUGGGAGCAUGAGUGUCUGAGGACAGGACUACACUCUCACAAUCCAAGAUACAAGUCAUACUACCGUGACUUUGUGAUGAAAACAAGCAUGUUCUUCUCUGAGUGGGAUCCCUUCCGCAAAGCACUUAGCCUCACCCACAUCCUCAUAAAGUUCAAGAUUUGGGAAGAGCUCAAGAAGUUCUUCAAUUCCACAGUUGACUUUUUGAACUCUGAUCUGGAUCCAAACGCAGUCAUAGCCUGCAUGCAUCAGCUAACCCUUCUCAUCACUGGGAAUUUGCAGAAGUACUGGAAGCAAGAGCACACUGGUAUUCUCCUGUCCCAUGCGCUCAGGCACUGUGUACAGCCCUUAGUUUACCUUAUGAGAAAAAAUACACAAAACACUCUGAACAGUAUACAUUAUGCGGGUUCUUAG